AUGAAGCCUGGAAACUACACAAAAGUGACAGAAUUCAUCCUUUUGGGGUUAACAGAUGAUCCUAUACUUUGUGUCAUCUUCUUUGUACUUUUUCUCGGAAUAUACAUUGUCACUUUAAUAGGAAAUAUCAGCAUAAUUAAUUUAGUAAGAAAUUGUCCUCAACUCCAUACCCCCAUGUACCUGUUCCUUAGCCAUUUGGCUUUUGUUGACAUUGGCUACUCCACAUCAGUUACACCUAUAAUGCUCAUAGGAUUUAUUGUGCAUGGAACAGCCCUUCCUGUACAUGGCUGUGAAGCGCAACUCUGUUCUGUUGUGACUGUUGGGACAGCUGAGUGUUUCCUGCUGGCUGCCAUGGCCUAUGAUCGAUAUGUAGCUAUCUGCUCACCCCUACUCUACUCUACACAGAUGUCUCCCCAGAUCUGCUUUCUCUUAGUUGGGACUUCCUAUGUGGGUGGCUGUGUGAAUGCUUGGACAUUUACGGGUUGCUUGUUAAGUAUAUCUUUCUGUGGAGCAAAUCAGAUAGAUCACUUCUUCUGUGACUUCUCCCCUUUGUUGAAACUUUCCUGUUCAGAUGUCUCCAUUAUUGGAAUAAUCCCCUCCAUCUCUGCUGGCUCCAUCAUUGUAGUGACAGUGUUUGUCAUAGCUGUCUCCUACAUCUACAUCCUCAUCACCAUCCUGAAGAUGCGCUCCACUGAGGGCCGCCACAAGGCCUUCUCCACCUGCACCUCCCACCUCACUGCAGUCACUCUGUUCUAUGGGACCAUCACCUUCAUCUAUGUGAUGCCCAAGUCCAGCUAUUCCACAGACCAGAACAGGGUGGUGUCUGUGUUCUACAUGGUGGUGAUACCCAUGCUGAACCCCCUCAUCCACAACCUCAGGAAUAAAGAGAUUAAAGGUGCUCUGAAGAGACAGAUUGGUAGGAAAAUAUUUUCUUAG